GAGAAAAUUUUGAUUCAGAAGGAGGCAAAAACUGAAAGCUUUAAAUAUUCUUAAAUAAGAAAAUCAAUAUUUCUCAAUGUUUUCUCACCCCACACCCUCCCCCACACCCUAAAGUUAUUUUGCGCCAACUGUACAGUUGGUAUUUGUAAGCGGUAUUCCCAAAAAAUUCAAGAUGGCGACUGGCGGGAAGGUUGAUAUUUCUCAACUUCGCAAUCUUGUUCGUCAAUACAUAGACAUGCAUUUGUACAAAACAGCUUUGUUUUGGGCAGACAAAGCCGUUUCGUUGUCCAGUGGUGACAUCCAAGAUGUGUACUGGUUUGCACAGGCUCUGUUUCUGACCGGGCAAUUCCAAAGAGCUGCCCAUGUAUUGAAAAGUCGAGGCGUUGUUCAAACGACUCCAGCAUGCCGCUACUUGGCCGCCAAGUGUCAUGCAGAAUGCAAACAGUGGCAAGAGGCGAAAGAAAUUCUGGAAAUGGAACAGAAAGAGUCGGCAGACAAGGAUCUUCCCGCAGAGGUGUGUUUUGUCGGCAGCACCAAGAAACUAGAAAGUGCAGUUUGUUUAUUGAAAGGAGUUGUGUACGAGGCGAUGGAUAACCGCGCUUUGGCUACAGAUUGUUACAAGGAUGCCCUCAGGAACGACGUGCACUGUUUUGAAGCGUUUGAUCUGCUUGUCUCUCAUCACAUGCUGACGGACAAGGAAGAGAGGGAGCUGUUGGUUUCUCUUCCUUUCUCCGAGCAAUGUAUGCCUGAAGAAGUUGAUUUGUUGAAAUUUUUGUAUGAGAGCAAGAUGAAGAAGUACUGCAAACCAGUCGACCCCAAGCUUCCUCCUGGUUUAGAAAGCCUCAACGAUAACCUGGAUAUUGUUGCUGGAAUGGCAGAGCGGCACUUCUACAACUGUAGUUAUCAUCUUUCACAUAAGAUGACAUCAGCUGUUCUAUCUUCAGAUCCAUACCACGAGGCUUGUCUACCCAUUCAUAUUACAUGCCUGGUGGAGUUGAAGAAAACAAAUGAGCUGUUUUCAUUGGGUCAUAAGCUAGUUGAUAACUAUCCACACAAGGCAGUGGCCUGGUAUGCCGUUGGUUGUUAUUACUACGUCAUUGAAAAGUAUGAACAAGCGCGGAGGUAUUUCAGUAAAGCGACAAGUUUGGAACGAGUUUAUGGCCCAGCGUGGCUUGCAUUUGGUCAUGCCUUUGCUGCAGAGGGAGAGCAUGACCAAGCAAUGACGGCAUACUUCACAGCAUCCAAACUGAUGCCUCGGUGCCACUUGCCGCUCCUCUACAUUGGCCUAGAGUAUGGAAAAACCAACAAUGCUAAAUUGGCUGAAAGGUUUUUUGUGCAGGCCUUAGUUCUCUCACCAGACGACCCUUUUGUGAAGCAAGAAAUGGGCAUGAUUGCUUUCCAAAAUGGAGAUUACAUGCAGGCUGAAAAGUAUUUCAAGGAAGCCCUCCAGAAAGCACAGAUCACAAGUGGAGAAGUCCUUUCGGAAACAUGGGAAACCCUGCUUAGUAAUCUUGGCCAUGCUUGCCGUAAACUGGGAAGAUACCAGGAAGCACUGCGGUACCACAAACAGGCUCUUGUUCUUGUUCCAAACAAAGCAUCCACCUUCUCAGCUCUCGGGUUUGUAAACAGCCUCCUUGGAAACCAUCACGAAGCCAUAGGCUACUUCCAUAAGGCCUUGGGCAUUCAGCGAGAGGACACAUUCAGUGUCCACAUGCUUGGUGAAACUCUUGAGCAGCUUACCUUGGAGGUGUACACAGAGGUAAAAGAGGACAAUGACACAAGCAUGGAAAUGGAUGAGAGAUCGGAUGAAGAAAGCGACUGAACCAGAGUAGACCCUUUUUUAUGAGAACUACAGAGAACAAGCACACACAGGUCACAAAAAAUUUGAUGACGUAAACAUCAUAUUGUACAUUAACAAGUUACAAGGCUUCUUUGGUUCUAUGCAUUUUCAUAAAAUGUUGAUCACCUAAUAAAAUUAUAGUUGUUGGAUCCAGAUAGCUCAGAAAAUUUAAUGUAGAGCAGAGGUUAGCUGAAAGGCUCAGAAGUCUUGGAUCCUUGCAUCAAAAUAACAAAAUACUAUAAUCAAAAAUUGCAACUAUACAUGUAGAAUAAAAACUUCACAUGAAAGGAAAGAAAUUUACUCUUGAAGGUUACAACUGAAGAUAGAAAAGGGCACAGAGAGAAUUAUUGGCCCCUUUGACAUAAAAUUCUUAGAGAAAUAAACUUUUUACCAGGAAAGAAGCUCACUAUUUGGUAUAAUCUGACAACUGCCAAUGUUUGCCAAGAAUGUUUGCUCACAAAAAAUCACCAUGGAAAUGAGUUGACUUGUACAAGCUUAGGGGUGAGAAGAUUGGACAGGAAAAGCAUAUUAUAAGGUCUUAGGAUACCCACCAAGAGCAGGAAGUUCACUUUAAAUUGACCAAAAUCCAACUAUAAUAACUGUUUUGUGUAA